AUGACUGAAGAUAAUAUCAAGCCUGUUACAAAAGAAACAAUUGUUAAAGAUAAUAUCAGCAGAGCUGACAUGGCCAAUCCUAUCUUGUACCAAGAAUUACGCUCAUUAAGUGGAAGGUAUUUUCGGGUCAGUAGUAGAUAUCAAAAAUAUAUAGUUCAUCGUUUAGUAGCAACGGUCUUUUGUCUGAAAGAGCAAGGUAAAAAUUAUAUAAACCAUAUUGAUGGAAUCUCCACUAAUAAUAGAGUUUCGAAUCUUGAAUGGUGUACACAAAAAGAAAAUAUGCAACAUGCUGUAUGUCUUGAACUUUGGAAUGGUUACAAACGUACAGUUAAGCAAAUUUCUGAUAAUGGAAUUACUCAAGAAUUUCUUUCAUUAAAAGAGGCAGAGCAUAUAACUGGAAUCAAAAGUCAAAAUAUUGGUGCAGUAUGUCAAGGUAUUAGAUCUCAAGCUGGAGGGUAUCGUUGGGAAUAUACAAUACACAAUAAAGAUUGA